AUGUGUAUCCGCUGUGCUGUGCUGCCGCUGCCGCCGCUGUGCUCUGCCGUCCUGCCAUCGAUCACUGCCGAGGUGUGCCGUGUGGGGCAGAGAGGGACGGGGAGGGGUGGAGUGGUCAAGUGUCACCGUCCAAAAAAGUUGAGCUGCUGCCUGAGUGGAGGGCCUGAGUCGACAGUCGUCCAGGAGACCCACCAACAGCAGAACGCGGAGAUGAGAGAAGCAACAAGGCUGGCUGGGCUGGUGGUGGUGGUGGUGGUGGUGCUCACUACAGGAGUGGACGCCGAACAGAAGAGCAUAGAUAUCGUGACUACCGUGCCAUCGUGUCCCUGGCCCUGUCCAGACUACCACCAGCCUGUGUGUGGCAAUAAUGGCAAGACUUACGCCAACCCGUGCCGCCUUCACGAAGCCAUCGCCUGUGAGAAUUCUUGCAUCCAGCAAGUGGCUGUGGGCCCGUGUGUGAGCUCGUGCCCCGAGGUGUGCAUUGAGAUCUACCAGCCGGUGUGUGGCAGUGAUGGCCGCACCUAUGGUAACACGUGUCACCUGGCCAUGGCACGCUGCAAGGACCCAUGCGUUGAGUUUGUACAUGAGGGGGAGUGUGCUGGUGAUGGAGGUGGAGGAGAACCAGGGUGCCAGACUAUUUGCCCAGAGGUUUAUGACCCAGUGUGUGGCAGCAACAGCAAGACCUACGACAACCUGUGUAAGCUGAACAAUGCCCAUCGCUGUGAGAGUCGCUGCAUCACCCUCAGAGCCCAGGGACCCUGUGCCCAUACCUGUGGUAACCCGUGCCCAUUCUCUAAUGAGGGAGUGUGUGGUACUGAUGGCAACACCUACCCUAACCAAUGUAUGUUGGAGGAGGCUGCAUGCCACAACUCCUGCCUGGCUGCACGACACAAGGGGCCUUGCACUCAGACACCUUCCAUUGCUUUAGGAAAUGAAGAUUGUCCAAGGAUAUGCACUGCAGAUUACAAACCAGUGUGUGGCAGCAACAGUAAGACGUACAGCAACCUGUGCAGCCUCAACUCGGCUACAGUGUGUGAUGACCCCUGCAUCACCCUGAGGCAUGAGGGACCCUGUGAACAUACUUGUGGGGAGCCAUGCCCACUGCUCCUUGACCAACAGUUGGCUGUGUGUGGCAGUGAUGGCACCACCUACCUCAGCAAGUGUCACCUGGAAGAGGCUGCAUGUCAGAAACCCUGUCUAACACAGCAGCACAAUGGUCCCUGUGGCUCGCAGGGGUGUGCUAUCUUGUGUCCACUACACAUUGACCCAGUGUGCGGCACUGAUGGCAAGACCUACAGCAACAUGUGUGCCCUCACUGCGGCUGCCCGCUGCAACAAUGACCCGUGCCUCUCCUUGCGGGCUGUGGGGCCGUGCUCUCGUGAGUGUGGGGAUCCUUGUCCUGGAAUUAUAGGUGGUGCAUCAGUGUGUGGUAGUGAUGGCACCAAGUACCCCAGCCAGUGCCACCUGGAGGAGGCAGCGUGUCACAAUCACUGUCUGGUGAUGGAAGAUGAAUCUCGAUGUGACGGUCACUUAUGCCCAAUGGUCUGCCCGUACUUCUUUGACCCGGUGUGUGGCACUAAUGGCAUCACCUACAUGAACAUGUGCACCCUCAACAAUGCCAGUGUGUGUAUCAGUGACUGUAUUCGCCUCCGAGGAAAGGGACCCUGCAGCUGGGAGUGUGGGGACCCAUGCCCAGCCCCAGGGCCAUCUGAUGCUGUGUGUGGCAGUGACAGCAUCACGUACCUCAGUCAAUGCCACCUGGAUGAGGCAGCGUGUCGCAACCCCUGCAUCAGCACAGCACACGCAGGGCCUUGUGGUGGUUCUGGUUCUAGGAAGUGUUGCAUUGAGGGCACAAGGUUUUUCCCAGAAGUGAAUGUGAAGAUGACUUGCCGCCAAGGAAUACUUCUGGCAGAGUCAACUGGGCAGAUAUCAAACCCUGGUGGUGUUUGCAGGUUUGCAGGCCGUGGGUAUGACCUUGGGGAGCACCUGAGGGACCUCUGCAUCCCGAUGAUGUGCACGGUUCAGGGAUGGGUCCCCAUUGGACCCAUCAGUGACUGCUGUGCCCAUUGUCUCCUGUACGGGGACAUGCAUAUCUUCACCUUUGACAACGAGCUGUACCACUUCUACGACAGCUGUAACUACACAGUCACCCAGGUUGGCUCCUCCUUCAAUCCUCCUGUGGGUGUGUUCACCACUCCUGUGCCCUGCAAGGAGAACCAGUACCCGUGCUUCUCAUCCACCACCUUCAAGAAUGGCCCACAGAUGGUCAUCACAAUCCACCACAAUGACAUCUAUAAAGUGAAUGUGAAUGGUGUGGACUUUAAGGUGCCAGAGAGUGGAGUGAUGGUCCUAGAGAACUAUCCAGCAGGAGUAAAUGACUUCCUUCCAGAUUAUAUUCCAGUGCUGGCGUGGCGAGGCAGCUGUGGCACCUUCCUCGCUGGUUCCUCGGGCAUAACGGUGCUGGUGUGCCCUCACCGCCUGGACGUGUGGGCCUCUGCUUCCCUCCUGAACCAGCUGGGCGGUCUGUGUGGCAACUAUGAUGGUAGUCUGAUCAACGAAUUCCAGUCUCGCAGUGGCACCAACUAUGACACCAACCCCUGGCCCAUUGCCUUCCCUGUAUCUUGGAGGUCAGCUGUGUCGACCACUUCCUGCAAGGACCUCGGCAGACGGAUCAACGCGGGUGACCCAUGCACUGCUAUGGAGACGUGGUUCUCUGUGUACAGGAGAACAUGCACUGCCCUGCUGGAGCACUACAAAUCCAACACCUUUAUGCUGGAGGGCAUGAUUUACAAUGUUGACCAGUACAUAGAGAACUGUAUCGUGGACGUCUGCCACAUGCACACCGGUGGUGCCCCUCACCAGGAGAUGCAAGACUGGCUUGACAUUCUCUCCACCAACCUCAAUGUGACUUUGAUCCUUGGGCGGAGAAGGGCUGAAUCCAAUGAUGAAAGUAAUGGCUGUGACACUGUCACCACAGCACCACCCUGCACCACUGUCACUGUCACUGCCACCACUACUGUCACCACUGCCACCACCACCACGCGAACCACCACCGCUACCACGAGAUUAGUUACCACCACCACUCGUACAUCUAUCAGCACCACUACCACUAUCCUCCCUGUCACCACCACGGUCACCACAACCACCACAGUUACUAUACCAAUAACGCCAUACCCUCUUCCUACUAUCACAUCGACCGUUACUGUUCAUAUUACCCCUUACCCUCCACAUACCUCUCAGAUCUAUAAUCCCCCUUACCCUCCACAAACCUCACAGGUCUAUAACCCAUAUACCACCAGGUACACAGGUUCUCCAUAUACUGACUUAUAUUCUAGUGAACACACCACUGGAUACGUCAACUCAUAUUCUAAUGACUAUGGAUUUACGAAUACUUUCACUCGGCCUUCUAAUGUAUACACUACUGGAUCCUCCUAUAACCUCAAUCCAUAUGUACCUAAUCCCUAUAGCACUACUCUCAAAACCACUUCAUCUUACGGCUUUAAUCCUUACAUUAAUCCAUAUGGUUCUGACCCCUAUGUUUCUCACAAUACUACUGCACCUUAUGACUUCAAUCCCUAUGUACCCAACCCGUAUGGUGCUACUUACGCGACUACUACAUCUUACACCAAUCCGUAUUUGCCUACUACUGCUAUACCUUAUGGCCCCAAUCCUUACAUUCCUAAUCCAUAUGAUGCUUCUCACACACGGUUCACCUACAAGCCAUCAUCUGUUAUUACUUAUUCUGUAUCUACAACUGUCUAUUCUUACGAUGAUAAACCUUACGGAUUUGAUUCAUAUAAAGAAUCGACAAGUAACCUUUAUGGCACCACUUACUUUGUCUCCGAUGUGUACAACCCGUAUGGAUCCAGUCAGUACAACUCGUAUGGACCAAGCCAGUCUUAUGAAGUAACCAGUCAGUACAACCUGUAUGGACCAAGCCAGUCUUAUGAAGUAACCAGUCAGUACAACCUGUAUGGACCAAGCCAGUCUUAUGAAGUAACCAGUCAGUACAAUCCGUAUGGACCAAGCCAGUCUUAUGAAGUAACCAGUCAGUACAAUCCGUAUGGACCAAGCCAGUCUUAUGAAGUAACCAGUCAGUACAAUCCGUAUGGACCAAGCCAGUCUUAUGUGACAACCAGUCAGUACAACUCGUAUGGACCAAGCCAGUCUUAUCAAGAAACCAGUCAGUACAACCCGUAUGGACCAAGCCAGUCUUAUCAAGAAACCAGUCAGUACAACCCGUAUGGACCAAGCCAGUCUUAUGUGACAACCAGUCAGUACAACUCUUAUGGACCAAGCCAGUCUUAUCAAGAAACCAGUCAGUACAACCCGUAUGGACCAAGCCAGUCUUAUCAAGAAACCAGUCAGUACAACCUGUAUGGACCAAGCCAGUCUUAUGAUGAGAUCAGUCAGUACAACAACCCUUAUGAUUCGACUAGUCCUUAUGAAGACUCCAAUCCGUACAUAACCUCGGUGAAGUGCGAGACCAAAUUGUGUCCCUUUAAGUGUGUUCCGAGCGCUGACUGCACUAGUUAUAAAUUGAAUGAGACGUACUGGUGUAGUAGGGGGUGUGUGUGUUGUUUGCUAGGUUAAAGUAGUGUUUUUGGUUGUUUUUGUUAAUGUUUGGUUUGUUUUAUGGUUUUGUGUAUAGUUUAAUGAUUUUAUUGUUUUUUAAGGUUUUGUUGUGAACUUGUGAUAUUGGGAUUAGUUAUUUUUGUAUUGUACAUUUCAGUGUAGGAAAUAUUUAUACUUUACUUAAAUGACAUAUGUACUUUGAUAUGUAUAUGGUUUCCUUUGAUGGUGUAAGAUGUGCAAUAAUGCAUCCAAUGGUCAGCGUUUAUGUAUUUCUCUGGCCAUCGUGUCUUUCCACUGUUGAAUUGAUACCUGAAAAUUUUGGAAUUGGCAUGAAUUUCUGUGGUGCAAAGAAUAUAUUCAUUGUUACUUG